UCGCGACUUGAGGCUCAAGGCAUACAUGCGCGCUGUUGCUAGGCCCAUCAACCUUCGAACUUCACGACUUUCCUUCCAGCCUUUUCCAUACGACUGAAUAUUAAUUUCUUGACGACGGCCUAUUUCAAGAAUAAUUAGUAAACCUUCCAAUUAAGCGCGCACUUCGCCAUCUUCCACUCAGAAUACAUCAGCUUUCUUGCCAAUGACCAAACGCAUCUACAGUCAAGUCAACACCUCGCAUCCGCCUUCCUACCUCUUUGCACUCCCUAGCGGGAGGUGCUUCACCAACACCAUAACUGGCUGAUCUGCCACUUCGAGAUGGCAGGGGAGAGAAACAUUGCGGCUCUUGCAGCCAAACUAGAAGACAGCAGUCUAGAUGUCAAACAGAAAGGCAACGUUGCUGUGGAAUUGCGUGACAAUGUCGAGGUCUGGUGUCAGUCUCCCCAGUACAAAGAAUUCCUCGAUACAUUCAUACCCGUGUUUUUCAAGAUAUUGGACAGCUCGCCGGUGUUCGUAAGCACUUCCCCAGAGCAGCGACUGCGGAACUGCGUUCUCGAGAUCCUGCGCCGACUACCCAUGACUCCGUCGGACAUAAUAGAGCCCUAUGCAGCCCCGAUAGUUGACAAGCUUAUGACUCUGGUAAAGGUGGAAAACGAAGAGAACGCUGUUCUAUGCAUGAAAUCGAUCAUGGAAUUCCAACGACAUCAAACGAAAGCGCUUGCAGAUCGAGUUCAACCGUUCUUAGACUUGAUCCAGGAGAUGUUCAAGACCAUGGAGUCAGUUGUCAAUGAAACGUUUGACAAUCCAAGUCCGGCGCCAGCUGUACCAUCAACUCCAGGGAAUCACCAGUAUUCACAAUCACCCCGACCGGGCUCGCCAGCAGCGUCGAUAGCAUCCUUGGCUUCCGAACUUCCUGGAGAACAGCAGCAGGCUCGACCGCUUUUGAAAGGAAUGCAGUCCUUCAAAGUACUCGCCGAGUGUCCGAUCAUUGUUGUCUCGCUCUUUCAAGCAUAUAGGUCUUGCGUGAACAAAAACGUACAGUUGUUUGUACCGCUGAUCAAGCAGGUGUUGAUGCUGCAAGCGAAACCUCAAGAGAAGGCACAUGCGGAGGCCAAGACGCAAGGCAAGACUUUCACCGGUGUCAGCAAAGACAUCAUGAAUCGAACUGCUUUCGGGGAGUUCAUCACAGCACAAGUGAAGACCAUGAGCUUCUUGGCUUAUCUGCUCAGGGUGUAUAGCAAACAACUGUCAGACUUCCUCCCUACGCUACCGGACAUCGUGGUGCGCCUCCUGAAAGAUUGCCCAAGGGAGAAAUCUGGGACUCGGAAAGAAUUGCUUGUGGCCAUUCGACACAUUAUCAAUUUCAACUUCAGGACAAUCUUCUUACAUAAGAUCGAUGAGCUUUUGGACGAGAGAACCUUGAUCGGUGAUGGAUUGACAGUUUAUGAAACUAUGCGACCCCUCGCAUAUAGUAUGCUUGCGGAUCUUAUUCAUCAUCUGCGCGAAUCAUUGUCUAAAGAGCAAAUCAGAAGGACAGUAGAAGUCUACACCAAGAAUCUUCAUGAUUCGUUCCCCGGGACCAGCUUUCAGACAAUGAGCGCUAAGCUUUUGCUGAACAUGGCGGAAUGCAUCGCGAAGCUUGAGCCUAAAGAGGAUGCCCGUUAUUUUCUCAUCAUGAUCCUCAAUGCGAUAGGAGACAAAUUCGCGGCCAUGAAUAGACAGUUUAAGAACGCGGUAAAGCUCUCUGCACAGUAUUCACAACCGUCCAUUGAUGCUAUGCCCGAAGAUCACAUGGCUGAGAAAGACCACCCUCCGGACUGGGAUGAGAUCGAUAUCUUUAGUGCUACGCCCAUCAAGACAUCGAAUCCUCGAGAGCGAAGUACAGAUCCAAUCGCCGACAACAAGUUCUUGUUCAAAAAUCUUCUACACGGACUCAAGAAUUUAUUCUACCAGCUUCGAGCAUGUAACCACCCGCGCGUCAAAGAGGAAAUGGAGAUGCAGAACCUUCCAGCGAAUUGGAAUGAGGUCUCUUAUGGCUACAAUGGUGAGGAGGUCAAAGUUCUCAUCAAGCUAUUUCAUGAAGGAGCUCUCGUGUUCAGAUACUAUGGUAUUGAUCGUGACAGUUCCGAGUUCCAACAACUCUCACCAAGCGAAUUACUCGGAAAUCAACACAUGAUGGCUGCGGAAAAGGAGGAGAAGGAACUGUUAGAGACUUUAGGUGCCGUCUUUCAUUACGUCGACCCAGCAACAUUCCACGAGAUCUUUCAUUCGGAAAUCCCUCACAUGUAUGAGAUGAUGUUUGAGCAUUCCGCGUUAAUGCACAUUCCUCAAUUUCUCCUAGCUAGCGAAGCUACGUCCUCAAGCUUUGCUGGCAUGCUGUUACAAUUUCUCAUUGAGAGAAUCGAUGAAGUGGGCACCCUGGACGUGAAGAAAGCUUCGAUCCUUCUACGUCUUUUCAAGCUAUCCUUCAUGGCGGUAACGUUGUUUCAUCAGGUGAAUGAGCCUGUACUUCUGCCGCACGUUAGUAAGAUCAUCACAAAGUCGAUCCAACUGUCGACUACCGCGGAAGAGCCUACCAACUAUUUUCUUCUACUGAGAUCUCUAUUCAGAAGCAUUGGUGGAGGGAGGUUUGAACACCUCUACAAAGAAAUCCUUCCCCUCCUUGAAAUGCUUCUGGAAGUCUUGAACAACCUGUUGAUGGCUGCUUCGAAACCUUCUGAGAGAGAUCUCUUCGUGGAACUGUCCCUCACCGUGCCCGCAAGGCUAAGCAACUUACUUCCACACUUAAGCUAUCUCAUGAGACCGCUUGUUGUAGCUCUUGGUGCCGGCUCUGAACUAGUGGGUCAAGGGCUUCGGACGCUUGAGCUAUGCGUGGAUAACCUCACAGCUGAUUAUCUUGACCCUAUCAUGGCACCAGUCAUUGACGAGUUGAUGGCAGCACUCUGGGAACACCUUAAACCAAAUCCAUACAGCCAUUUUCACGCUCAUACCACAAUGCGCAUACUUGGGAAGCUGGGUGGUCGUAACAGGAAGUUUUUGACAGAACCACCAACGCUAUCAUUCCAACCGUACACCGAUGACGAAGCGAGUUUCGACGUGCGUCUUAUUGGCUCGACAAAAGAUCGUGCCUUUCCUGCGGCGACUGGGACGAACCUAGCCAUUAGCAAACUAAUGGAACAGCCAAAAUUGCCCGCGGCGAAGAAAUCCGAUACUUUUCAUAAGAAGCAAGCCUAUCGCUUGAUAGUGGCGCAAACGAAGAUGCUACUUGGCCUUGAUUCACUGCCUGACGAUUUCGCCCAACGUAUCCGCCUCCAGGCAAACGAUGUGUAUGAGAAGAAAUGGGACCGAGAACAUGACCUGCUCGGCACUUCUCAUCGGGAUACUUCCCUCGCCAAGAAGGCCGUCCAGCAGGACACUUUGAAGCGACUUCUGAAAGCGUGCAUAUUCGCAAAUACUCUCCCAGAAAUCAGGGCCGAAGCAUCGUCGUUUCUACAGAGUCUUUGUCGACAUUUUGCACUUCUAGAGAAUGGAUGGGCGCUCGCUGGUGCGAACCAUGAUCACAAGCCUUUUGACCCUACCUGUGGUGAAGGCCCGAUAUACAUUGACAACCAGGCUAUCAUCGAAGCCAUCGGUGAAUCCCUUGCCUCUGAUUCGAAGCUGGUCAGGGAAACGGCGGAAGAAUGUGUAAUGUAUUUCAAGGAAGCUGCUGCGAUCAUAUUUGGAUCACCAGAUAAAGUCGAAUCUUUCCCGUUCUUCUCUCAUCUCGCCACCCGCUUCUGUCACAACUGUCACGCUCAAGAGUGGUUCAUGAAAGCCGGUGGCACAAUUGGAAUUGAGAUACUCAUAAACAGGUUGGGCUUGAGCAAAGCCUGGCUUGUCGAGCGCCAGUUAGAUCUCGUUAGAGCCCUGACGUUCGUUAUGAAAGACAUGCCACAAGACCUCACAGCGAAGACCAGGAUCAAAGCCCAGGAUCUACUCGAGCGACUUCUACGCCAAUGUAAUGAGGGUGCUUCCAAGGAAGACUUGAACGAACCUAAAUCAGUCUUAUAUCAGCUUACAUACACGCUUGUCCAUGACUUAUCUCACACGAACAAGCACGUUCGAUAUGGUACACGUACUUCACUAAGCACAUUAUCCGAAGUCACCGGGAUCCCGACGCAUGAACUUGUGGCUCCGGUAAAGAACCAAGUGCUGUUGCCGAUAUUUGCGAAACCCCUCCGUGCACUGCCUUUCGCUGUGCAGAUUGCUUAUAUCGACGCAAUUACCUACUGUCUCAAGCUUGAAAAUGGAAUACUGGAAUUCAACGAUCAGCUCACAAGGCUCCUCAUGGAGUCUCUCGCGCUCGCCGAUGCUGAAGACGAGAACCUCUCGCCGAAUAAGCCUCAGGAACAAAGAAAUGCUGAAUCAAUUAUCAAUCUUCGUGUCGCUUGUAUUCGAAUGCUUUCGACAGCACAGAGCCAAAAAGAAUUCAGUAUUACACCCCCAAAUCAGAGCUUUCUUCGGAUCAUAUCCGUGUUCUUCAAAGCCUUGUACUCAAAAAACAUGGAACUUAUAGAAGCUGCGAAUGAAGGCCUCAAGGGAGUCUUAGCAACCACAAACAAGUUACCAAAAGAUGUUCUUCAAAGCGGGCUGCGACCUAUACUGGUCAACUUACAGGAUCCGCGAAAAUUGAGCGUUGAGGGCUUAGACGGUCUAGCGCGCCUUCUGAAGCUGCUCACGACUUAUUUCAAGGUUGAGAUAGGGUCCCGACUACUGGAACACAUGAAGACAAUAGCGGAUACCACCACUUUGCAAAAGACGUCAUUUACACUCAUUGACCAGAACCGGUCGAUGAGGAUUGUGACCGCCAUUUUCAAUGUCUUCCAUCUGCUUCCUCCAGCUGCAAUCACAUUUCUUCCGCUGCUUGUAAAAAAGGUUGUGGAGCUGGAGACCGCCCUUCGACGUACACAUUAUAGUCCUUUCCGCGAACCGCUGUUGAAGUACCUGAACCAAUACCCAAAGGAGUCAAGAGAGUAUUUCUGUCCUUUAUUAAAGGACGUGGACCAGGGUCGGUUCUUUGCGCAGCUCCUACAGGACCCUGGUAGUUCGGGUAUAAGGGAAGAGGUUAUGAGCGAUACAGAAGCCUUCAUCAAAGCCAUGAGCGUCGAAGGAAGCCAGAAAGAGAAGUACGUGGCUUAUGUGAAUGCAAUUCAUGUCGUUCACUCCAUCUGUGGACACGAAGCAUCCAGUACUUGGCUUGUCGACAAUGCGAACCUACGCAAAGCGUUGUUGGAAGCAGCGAAAUUACUCGAAACGAACUUGCGACAGAAUGAAAUUGAUGCCGAUCUUCGUCUGGCCGUUGAACAGGCAGGCGAAUAUGUCAUUGAGAUUUUCAUCACGUACCUCUCACACGAGCCGAACAAUCUUGAUAUCUUCUUCGAACUCAUUGACGCAGUAACAUCCGAGAAACUCAAGAGCACCCCUUCGCUUUUCAGCUUCAUAUACACUCAGAUGAUAUCAAGUACUUCCAUCGAGUAUUGGAGACAAAUUGUCACUCGAUGUAUCGACCUUUACACCUCUAGGAAUACCUCACAGCGUACCAAGACCUUUACGUUCAAGUAUCUAGUCAACCCCAUCUUUGCUAUGGACAUCAUGCGCAAUUGGGACACAUUGUUUGGUUCGUCCAAAGGUACCAAGUUGAUGGACAAGGGGAUGAACGAUCUCAUCACCCACAAGUUGUGGGGCCACCAUGCAAUCACUGACCCGGCAGACGAAACAUCGCAAUUAGGAGUAGACCAUUCGAGAAUGGAACUUCUCCAGCUCAGCACUCUUCUCGUCAAAUAUCAUUCCAGCAUCGUAAACGACACUCGCAAGGUCGUGAUCAAAUUCGCUUGGGCGUACACGCAACGACUUGAAGACGUUAUUACGAAACAUGCUGCUUUUGUUCUAGUCUCGUUUUUUAUCGCCAUUUGGGACUGUCCUAUGAGAAUUGUCGUGCAAACUUAUAGAGACUCUCUUAAGGCACAUCAGAAUGAAGGCCGGACACUGGUCAUGCAGUCUUUGGAACUUCUUGCUCCUGUAUUGAAGAAACGCAUGAUGAGCACAGAUAACCAUAAGAUGCCCAUGUGGGCUCGAAUCGCACGCAAGACUCUCGCCGAUGAGACGUCGAACCUCCAACAGCUGAUGAGUAUCUUCCAUUUUCUCGUACGACAUGCAGACUUGUUCUAUGAAGCUAGAGAGCCAUUGGCUCAAAUCAUCGUCCCAGCUCUGAACAAAGUCGCAGCACCGCCGAACCCUUCAAAUGAUAACAAGAAGAUGGCUCUGAAUCUUAUCAAUUUAGUAUACCAAUGGGAAGAGAUGACCUGGACGAACUCAUCAGCUUCCUCGGAGCAUAUGUCAAACUCGCCCCAGGGUGUGAAGCGAAAGGCAGACGGGACCGUAUCUGAGACCCCGGCAAAGACGUAUGUUGCGAACACACAACUGCGCAUGGUCUUGAUUAAGUAUUUGGUCUCAUUCAUAGCGUACCUUCCGGAGAGGUAUCCCAUACCCUCUCUAGCAGUGAAAGAAAAGGACAAGAAAGAAGUGUCAACAUCGUUAUUGCACAGCGCAAGCAGUUCUGCUGACGUCUGUAAGAAGGGCUCGCAGCUCUUACGCGAUCUUCUACGAACAUGGAAAGACCUGGACUUGGAUCCGAUACUGACCAAGAAGAUCGAAGAGAUUCUGACGACAGACCGCAACCCCAAAGAGAAGGCCGAGGCAUAUUCUACGCGAAUCAUCAACACUCUACAGAUGCUCAAGAUAAUCGUCAAUGUCAAAGACGACGGCUGGGUCUUGCAGAGAAUAGCUCAGCUGCAAAGGAUCCUCGAGCGUUCAAUCCGAACAGAGCAUGCCGAUAGCCAAGCCGCGUUGCACUGCUCGGAAGAGAAUGAAGAUGGAACAAUCAACCUGAAAAGUCUUCUUGGAAGGAUACUCGAGGUCAUGCCAGAGUCCACCGUCGAUGACGAGGGUGCCAGUGAGGAGACUCCGUCAACGGAGUUCGUCAGUUUCCUCAGUAAUGUUGCUGCGGAAGGUCUAAAUAAUGGUAAUUAUGUCUCUGCGAUCAAUAUCCUCUGGACUUUGUGUCAAAAGAAGCCAGACGAGAUAGACCCACACAUCCAAAUGGUCAUGAAGGCUCUGCAAGGCAAGCUUGCCAAAGACCAUUUGAGCUCGCAGAUACCGACCGCCGGACAGCCUCCUUUACCACAACGUCCGGAUAGCGCCCAACCUCAAAUGGAGCCUCAUGAGGUAGAGAUUUUGACUGGUGUUGUUCUCAAGGUUAUCGACCUGCUUGCUGCACGAAUGAAUCAGCUGAGCGAACAACGUCGUCCCUAUCUGAGCGUACUGGCCUCACUCGUAGAGAGAUCACAGAGUCAUGCAGUUUGCAUGAAAAUUCUUGACCUCGUGGAGACCUGGGUCUUCAAAUCCUCCGACCCGGUGCCAACACUGAAGGAAAAGACUGCAGUUCUAACGAAGAUGCAGACCUUCGAGCAAAGACCCGACCAAACUCUCUUGGCUAGAUAUCUGAACCUCGUUAUUCGCAUCUACGAAGACCCGAAGAUCACUCGGUCUGAACUGACUGUCCGUAUGGAGCAUGCAUUCCUCAUAGGAACCAGGGCACAAGACGUAGAGAUGCGUAACCGAUUUUUAUCUAUUUUCGACCGCAGCCUUAGUCGUACUGCUAGCAGCCGAAUCAGCUAUGUCUUGACGUCACAGCAUUGGGAUACGCUGGCCGAGAGCUAUUGGCUCAGUCAGGUAAUUCAUCUCAUUGUGGGAUCCUUAGAGAUGAAUACACCUGCGCAGCUCCAUGCCGAGGACUUCCGAGGUACACCAGCAUCAUGGCUAGUCAAAGAUUACAGCAAAGACUCUAGACUAGAUGAUGUUAUGGUUGAUGACCAACUGGAAUCUUUGGUAGCCUCUCAGAGGCGAUUCUUGACCCAGAUCAGCGACGUCAAAGUCAGAGAUAUUUUCGAGCCAUUAGCGAACCUGCAACAUACGGAUUCGAAGCUUGCCCAUGAUGUCUGGGUUGCCCUCUUUCCUCUUUUCUGGUCAGCACUCAAUAAAGAUGACCAGACGGAUCUUGAGAAAGGCAUGCUGCAAUUAAUGACUAAAGAAUACCACGGCCGGCAAGUCGAUAAAAGACCGAAUUGCAUCCAAACAAUGUUAGAGGCUAUUGUUCGAACGAAGCCUCGCGUAAAGUUUCCCCCUCACAUUAUGAAGUACCUGGCAAAACAGUACAACGCAUGGUAUCCAUCAGCCGUGUAUAUGGAAGAGUGCGCCAUCACACCUCUCAUCGAUAAUAUGACAGUCAGAGAGAGUAACCUUGAUGCGCUCCUCGAAAUAUACGCAUCACUACAAGAAGACGACCUUUUCUACGGGACGUGGCGUAGAAGGAGCCAAUACAUUGAGACUACCGCUGCAGUUUCAUACGAACAAAGUGGUGUGUGGGACAAAGCUCAGACCUUAUACGAAGCUGCUCAGAUUAAGGCACGCACUGGCGCAAUGCCUUAUUCUGCCGGCGAGUACAUGCUAUGGGAGGACCACUGGGUUGUAUGUGCGCAGAAACUGCAACAAUGGGAGAUAUUGGGUGAGUUCGCGAAGCAUGAGAACUUCAGCGAUUUAUAUCUUGAAUCCAUGUAUCGACAUCUGGACGGCUGGACAAAUGCCGAGAACAGAGAACAGCUUGAUACUACCAUCAGGGGUCUCACGGACGCACCCACCCCUCGACGAGCAUUCUUCCAAGCUUUCAUGUCAUUGUUGAAAUUCCACAAUAAAACCGAGAAUCCUCAAGACUUCAAUCGUGUCUGUGACGAGGCGAUUCAAUUGUCCAUACGAAAAUGGCAUCAACUUCCCAAACGAAUCACCAACGCUCACAUUCCAAUCUUGCAGAAUUUCCAGCAACUUGUUGAGCUUCAUGACGCAAGUCUCAUUUCGACAAGCUUGUCGCUGACAACGCAAGCUAAUUUAGACACAAAGUCGACGGAGUUGAAGUUGCUCUUAGGAACAUGGCGAGACCGACUACCCAACUUCUGGGACGAUAUCAAUGCGUGGCAAGACCUAGUUACCUGGCGACAACAUAUCUUCCAGCUCAUCAACAACGUCUAUCUUCCACUACUUGGUCCUCAACAGGGAAACAAUGCGACAGGAAACUCCUUUGCGUAUCGAGGUUUCCACGAGACUGCCUGGAUUAUCAAUCGAUUUGCCCAUGUUGCCAGGAAGCACAAUCUUCCUGAUGUCUGCAUCAGCCAACUUAGCAAGAUCUAUACGCUCCCCAACAUCGAGAUCCAAGAAGCUUUCCUCAAGCUGCGAGAACAGGCCAAAUGCCACUAUCAGAACCGCUCCGAGCUAUCUAGUGGGCUUGACGUCAUCAACAAUACGAAUCUCAAUUACUUCACCCAACAACAGAAGGCAGAGUUUUAUACGUUGAAAGGAAUGUUCCUCGCCGAAUUAGAUCAAAAGCCUGAGGCGAAUGAUGCAUUUGGAAGCGCCCUCUACUUUGAUAUCAAAUUACCCAAAGCGUGGGCCGAGUGGGGACGUUACAAUGAUAACUUAUUCAAGAGUGACCCGACCGACCUCGACAAGGCAGCCUCAGCCAUCAGCUGUUAUCUCGAGGCUGCAGGUCAAUUCAAGAAUGCCAAGUCGCGGAAACUCCUCGGGCGCAUCCUAUGGCUUCUGAGCUUGGAUAACAGCGAUCACAAGCUCGUCAAUACAUUCGAGGAGUUUAAGGGCGAGACGCCGGUGUGGUAUUGGAUCACCUACAUCCCACAACUCCUUCUGGGCCUUUCCAGACCAGAGGCGAAAGUCUGCAGGAAUAUCCUCGGUAGACUGGCGAAGACUUACCCCCAGGCACUUUUCAGUCAUCUCCGUGUAAGUAGAGAAGAAUACCAAACUGCCAAAAAGCUCGAAGAAGAAAAGGAGAGGAAGGCGAAACAGGCUCAAGCUGCGGGAGCUCAGAACUCUCCAGCUGUGAAGCAGAGCUCCCCAGAACGUCCUCAAACUUCCGGCAGUGGCACGGGUCGGCCAAGCACUGCGAACGGCGAUGCGAAAGAGAACGGUGCCACAUCUAAUGCCAACGGCACUGCGACACAAAACGGCGAAAAGAAAGCUUUGGCAACGAAAACUACAGAUCAGACAGACACCCCGAAGAAGUCAUGGGACCAUGUCGAAGAAGUCUCCUCUAUAUUGAAGACUGCGUUCCCAUUGCUUGCACUCUCCCUGGAGACAAUGCUGGAUCAGAUUCAGAAGUUCUUCAAAUGCCCUCCAGACGAGGAUGCUUACCGACUCAUUGUUGCGUUAUUGAAUGACGGUUUGACUUAUGUUGGGCGAUCCCCAGGUUAUUACGCUCAAGAGCAGAAGUUGCCAGGGUCCACAGAAGCCAACAUCACGCGAUUCGUACAAUCGAUGCUACCAGUGCACAUCCGCAAAGCUUUCGAGGCUGAGUUUGUCACGAUCAAGCCAACCAUGUACGAGUAUAUCCACAGGCUUCGCAAAUGGCGCAAUAGAUUUGAGGAGAAGUUAGACCGACGGCCCGCGGUGAAAGAGCUCGAGUCUUACUCCCAGCAAUUGAGUGAUUUCAAAUUCGUAAAGUUUGAUGAGGUAGAGGUACCCGGUCAAUAUCUUCAGCAUCGCGACAAGAACCAGGAUUUCAUUCGUAUUGAACGAUUUCUCCCCGACGUGGACCAAGUCCGAGGCACUGGUCUCUGCUAUCGUAGAAUCAAAAUACGUGGUCACGACGGAAGCAUACACCCUUUUGCUGUUCAAUGCCCUGCUGCGCGGACAAGUCGAAGAGAGGAACGUAUCCUGCAGUUGUUCCGAAUCUUCAAUGUCGUGCUGUCCAAACGCAAGGAAAGUAGGAGGCGCAACCUCCAGUUCCAUCUACCACUCAUUGUACCCAUCACGGUCACGACGCGCCUCAUACAAGAUGACUCUUCGUAUGUCAACUUGCAGGUAGUAUUCGAAGAUUACUGCCGCCGCAACAAUAUCAACCGCGACGAUCCCGUUCUGUUCAACAUUGAGAAGCUCCGCGCCCUUGGAUCCAAUCUCAUCCAAAACCCGCCGCCUAACCACUCUAAUGUCGAUGCUAUUCGACAACAAAAUGCCGAGCGCGCCGCAACCAUCCGCCAUGAGACAUUUGUUGCUAUUCAAGACAAGUAUGUCCCGAACACGCUCCUCAUGGACUACUUCCGCGCUACAUACCCCAACUUUGACGACUAUUGGCUGUUCCGCCGAACCUUUAGCUACCAGCUCGCCGCACUCACAUUCAUGACCUACGUGAUGUUCAUGAACAUGCGCUAUCCUUCAAAGGUCACCAUAUCGCGCAGCACCGGCAAGAUCUGGGGCAACGAACUCGUUCCUGCGCUAGCCGUCUCAAAGCCGCUCUUCCACAACCCGGAGCCUGUGCCGUUCCGUCUGACGCCCAACAUACAGACUUUCAUGGGCCCGCUACCUACAGAAGGCAUUUUUGCGCCAGCAAUCAUGACCAUUGCACGCUGCUUGACGGAGCCCGAAGGCGAGCUAGAGAUGAUCCUGUCUAUCUUCAUCCGUGACGAAAUGCAUAACUGGAGCGUCAUCCAGAAGAGGCAAUUGUCAGAGGUCAGUAUGCGCGACGGAGUGGCGUUGAACACAAAUCAGGUGCACAAGCGCGCGAUGUUAUUACGCAAUCAUCCAGAAGCGCGCAACCUGCCGGCAAACCAGACGGUUGUGGAUCUUGUAGCGCAGGCAGUGGAUCCGAAGAAACUGAGCAUGGCCGAUCCGUUAUGGAUGCCAUAUCUUUAAGGGAGCAAGCAUCACGGAAGAGACGAUGAUGGUAGUAAGAGGUCUCUAUAUGUUUACCGGAGUUAUGGAGCGUAGGGUGGUUGGGUGGGUGUGCGGAUUGGCUGAGUGGAUGAGACCCCAUUGGGAACCCAAAAGAUUGUCUUUCCUCAUCUCAUUCGCCUUUUUCUUCUUGAUUCCCCCCGGAUUUCAAUCAUCUUUGUAACAAGGCGUUCUGUAGGCAGUGUGCUAAAUGGGGGCUCUUGUUACCUCCCUAUACCCCCCAAAGCGUAAUGAAGGAAGGAAGGAAGGAUAUUGCGGGAUCUUGUACUUGUAUCUUUUUUUUUUUGCUCACCUUUUUCUUCCCCACCUUUUUUUAGGUUUCUUUCCUGUGCUCAAAAAAAUCGUGGGGGCAUUUUGUAAGCGGGAUUUUCGUCAUAUCCACGUUUUCUGAACUCUUCUGUCUUGUU